CCAAGCGAGAAAACUAGGAUUCAUGUAAUUUCCAGUAACAGCAACACAUUCAUCAGAAAUAAACUGAACAAUUUUUUUUUUUUUUUUUCAUUGAUUUUCAAACGGAACAUGUACAAGCUUGAACAUUAAACAAAAAGAUGUAGAAACAUCAACCAAAAUAAGAAAAACACCCACGGCAGGAGCUUUUUGGGUAAGAUGGAUCCAGAUCAGAUGGGAGGGAUCCCACCCAUGGGACCAGGCUCCUAUCGUCUCCUUCACCAUCGUUCCCAGAAGGCUCCUCUGUUCAGAAAUUACCUAGCAAAAAGAGGCUGAAAUAUUGCUGGAACCUUGUCGGAAUCAGCUCGGUUUUCUCCUCCCUCUUUUCUCCCGAAACCGAGAACAAUGGCUCCCAAAUCAAACUCCGACAAUCAACCAAAGGCUCCCCCAAAUUCAAAAACCGACCCCCCCCAAUCAAACUCAAAAAUCAACCCCAAAGACCCCCCUUUCUGUAUUCUGCUUUUGCUCUAUAUAUAGACCCAAGCAACAAAAUGAAAUAAAAAUGAAAAAAACAGUCACUAAUGAUGCCAAUUUUGUCUGCUAUUGGCUGUUUUUUUCUGUAUGGCUGUAGUGUGCAGGAGGCAGGGGCGCAGCAGGGGCACAGGCAUAGCAGAGUGCAGGCGAUCUAGUGCACGGCAAGGGGAUCUGGUGCAGAGCGCAGGAGCUGGUGCAGAGAGAAGCUGGUGCAGGAAGCACGGCCGGGUGCAGCAGAGUGCAGGCUGGGGCAGAGUGCAGGCUCGGUGCACGCAAGCAGCAGGGGAUCUGCAGCAGGGGGUAGGGCGCAGUGCAGCAGGGCGCAGGCUCCAGUGGAGCAAGGCACAGGCUCGGGUGCAGCAAGGCGCAGGCUCGGGUGCAGCAGGGCGCGGGCUCAGCAAGGCGCAAGCGCAGGUGCAGCAGGGCGCAAGCAUGGGUGCAGCAGGGCACAGGGACAGGUGUAGCAAGCAAGGGGGCGCAAGAGGGCCUGUUCGCGGCGAGCAAAGGGAAAAGGGAGGAUUCCAGACCCCCUUUUCUUUUUUUUUUUUUGGGUAAUUGGGUUUUUGGGUAGUUUGGAUUUGGGCUUGGUUUUGGGUUUUGGUGGGCUUUGGGUUUUGGUGGGUUUUGGGUUUGGGUUUUUAGGUAAUUGGGUUGGAUUUGUAAAUUCAUUUUGAUGAACUUCACCCUUCCACCUUUUGAUUUCUUCAAUCGAGUCCCUUGUCUUGAUUUCCUUUUCCCGUUUCUUCUUGAAUUUCGCGUUACACAUAACCCCUGAAACAAAAUAAAGACAUAUUAGUCAAAGAAAAGAGAAAAUUUCAU